CUCCCCCACCCCACUCGCCGAUGGCCGACGAGCACUUCUUCCUCCCCGCCGCCGACUACUCCUCCUCCACCGCCGCCGCCGCCGCGUACGGGAUGGCGUCGUCGUGGGCGCUGCUGGCGCCCGACCACUCCGCCGCCGCGCACUUCGACUCCGCGUUCAGCUCGCUCGUCUCCUCGCCGGGCGCUGGGUUCGUGGGCGGGCCGGGCGGCGGCGGCGGCGACGACGUGGCCAUCGGCGACCUGAUCGGCCGCCUCGGGAGCAUCUGCAACGGGGCCGCCAGCGCCGACAACUCCUGCUACAGCACGCCGCUCAGCUCCCCGCCGCCGCCGCCGUUCCGCGCCUACCCCGCCGGCCUCGAGACCGGCAGGCUGUCCCGGGCCUCCAGCAGCAAGUCCCUCGGCGCCGCCGCCGCCGCAGCAGCAGCGGCAUUGGAGAGCUCCGAGGCGGAGAUGAGCCCAUCCAAGCCCGCCGCCGCCGAGGCCCCCGCCCGGAAGCGCAAGUCCUCGGCGAAGGGCAAGGCCUCCUCCUCCACCAUGCCCGCGGCCACGGCGGCGACGACGACGAACGCGAGCCCGAAGCGAACCAAGGUCAUCACCGGCAGCGGCGACGGCGACGGCGACGACGCGGCGGCGGAGGAGAAGCCGGAGCCGCCCAAAGACUACAUCCAUGUGCGGGCGAGGAGAGGACAAGCCACCGAUAGCCACAGCCUCGCCGAGAGGGUGAGGCGGGAGAGGAUAAGCGAGAGGAUGAAGCUGCUGCAGUCGCUCGUGCCAGGCUGCAACAAGAUCACUGGCAAGGCUCUAAUGCUCGACGAGAUCAUCAACUAUGUUCAGUCGCUGCAGCGUCAGGUCGAGUUUCUGUCCAUGAAGCUGGCAACCAUGAAUCCUCAGCUGGACUUCGACGGUCACUACCUUCCUUCCAAGGAUAUGAGCCAUAUGUCACUGCCCGCAUACCCACCCAACGACCUGACCACCGCCACGGCGUUCUCCUACAUUGAUGCACCUACUACGGGCGAUCCAUUUACCACCUACAACUGUUGGGAUCAGCUCGACCUCCACACCGCGAUGCAAAUGGGAGCCACCGCCACCGACCUCAACCAAGACAGCCCAGUUGCAACAAUUGCACCCUCGUCUUCACCAUUGCCGCACCAUCCUCCCCCUCAUCAUAGAUUCUACGGAGGAGGAGGAGGGAGGCAGCAGCAGCAGGGGACGACAGUAAACCACAUGAAGGCCGAGCCAUAAAUGCGCUUCCUUCUGUACAUACGCCAGCCGCCGUACGUACCUCCGCUUUUCUGCUCCCAUCGUGCAGCAUCAGCAGCAGCACCGGCAGCGUGGCCCCCCCCCACCGGAAAGCUCACAAUCAUUGCCAUCAAAGAGGAGAGGGAUACUCCCUCCCUCUUCUCUCAUCCUAGUAUGUGCUCCAAUGGCUUCUGGCUCAGUGCCUCCCUCCCUCUCACUGGACAUGUGGGGCCCACCUGGCAGCAUCUUUUUUUUUCUCAGCUCCCUCUUUCUACACUCUGCCUCUGCCACUGCAGGUGGGGCCCACCUGCAUCGGGAAGGAGAAGGUUUUUUUCCAGACCUUUUUCAGAUGCAUAUAUAUAGUAGUAGUAGUAUCAUGCAUGGGCAGGCAGGCUAUAUAUUGUGCUUUAGCAGGGUUGGAAAAACCUUGUGUUUGUGUUGUGAUGGGAGUGUUACAGCAGGAAGGACAGUACGAGGAGAGAGAGUAUGUGUAUGUUGGAAAUGGCAAGCCAGGGGAGGUUGUGACCUUUUGUGUGUGCUGGUUGCACUUGCAUGCCCUAACUGUAGAAAGGAGGACCGGUAGUAGUGGUGAUCUAGUGGUUGUGGUUUGUAGGAUUGGCAUGCAUGGGGAGUUAAUAUAUGUAUGUAGAGAUUGGAGAGUGUGCGAAAGGACACCUUCCUUUUUUGUGACCAUUGUUUGUAUUGAAUUAUCAAACAGUAUGAAAUGUCUUUAAUCCAUUGUUGACAACAUUGUCGAUAU